AUGGACAAUGAAGCACACAGCCCUGGUGUAAAUGAUAGCUUCCCAGAUGAGCAAUUGAUGAUGCUCCAAGAGGCUCCAUGGUUUGCAGACAUAGCCAAUUUCAAGGCCAUUGGAGAGUUACCUUCCAACAUCAAUAAGCACUUGAGAAGGAAGCUCAUCAAUGAUGCCAAGCAUUUUAUUUGGGUUGACCCUUACCUCUUCAAGAAGUGUGCUGAUGGACUGCUAAGAAGAUGCAUCUCUCAUGAGAAAGGACAAGAGGUUCUUUGGCAUUGCCAUGGAUCUACUUAUGGAGGGCACUUUAGUGGAGAAAGGACUGCAGCCAAGGUGUUGCAGUGUGGAUUCUUUUGGCCUACUAUAUUCAAAGAUGAAAAGGAGUUUGUGACAAGGGAUGAUGGCACAGUGGAUGCAGUGCCUCUCCAGGCUCACCCUCCUUCACCUCGUGUUGAUGCUGCCGAGAAGGCUUCGGAUCUUAGCUGA